CGUAAUAUUUCUAUUUUGCCCACUCUACCUCGCUCCUUUCGUAUGUAGUACAGACUUCGGUCUACCCACACUCUCUACCGCAUCCGCUUUAACGUCAUUCCUUGGCUUUUCAGCCUCCCGCCAUUUCGGUAUACCAUAGUGAACUUAGGCUACGAUGACGGACUAUAUGACCCAGCCGGGGCUUAGCCUACCGCCAUCCUCGCGACAGGACAUUGUCAGCGCCCUGCUGAACGAUUAUGGAAGCUCGUUUGAGGACGGUAGCAGCUCGCCGUAUAAGUCGUCGCCGGUAUCAGCUUUCAAAGAACUCCCACCUCCACCGCCGCCGGAGAGAUCAAGAGCAAGGGACUAUAGUAAUGGUAAUUCGUCUCCGGCAGUUCAGAAGAUGAACACGCCCUUUCGCCUUCGGGUGGACGUACCGGCAUCGCCCGAGUCACCGAAAGGGUCCAGUAACUCGGAGGGUUCUCCAUCCAGAAUCGUCUCCAAGCGCUUAAAGCGUAGAUCCAUACCACGCUCCUUGACAUUGACCGUCAGCAACGGAUCCACAGCUGAGCUGCCGAAAAGCCCUACGAUUGCUUCGCAACCUGAACCGCAAAAUCCCUUCCACACGCCUGUUGAGGAGAAGGCACUUCCUCCGCCGCCACCGGAGAAAUCCACGCGUAGACAACCGUCGGCAAUGGGAAAUCAGAACUCGACUGCGCGGUCUCCACGAAAGGACUCGCUACACUCGCAAGACGGCAAAGAGGACAUGGAGCCUGUGAAAAGGAAGCCUCUCCCAAAAUUCACGUCUUUAGCAGAUUUGGGGAAUGGCCCUCGAGGCGGUAAAGGUGGACCAAUGCCUCAACCGCGCGCUCGAAAGCAGAGUUUCGAGGCCGACACAGAUGAAGAGCGCGGAAGAACCGCGUCACGAAAUGACACUGUCGAACCACAACCCCGUGAAUAUGCCCCUCCCAAGUUGAGGGAUCAACUCACUCCAAUGGACGCUCCUCGGAUUGUCAAUCUCCUCCCACCAACUCCGACAGAUGAAUCGACAACUCCUGCACCCCCGCCUUCAUCGAAAAAGCCCUUCGGAGGAAUGGGCUUGCCCUCUAAUCCCAGGCACAGAAAAGGCAAAAGCGACACAGGAUUCGACGUACUCAACAGUGCGACAUCACCAAGCACACCACAGCUCCCGGCACCACCACAAACCAUAACUCCCGGCCCCACUCCCACGCCUCGCAAAAUAGAAACAAUGGGAAAUGAAGAAUUAGUGGACCAGGCGGCCAGGUUCAGCCCUGACGUCUCAAACAGCCAACGUCGCCCUUUUAGCUUCGAACGCGUCCCCACUUCGCCGCCGCCGCAGCUAAAAGAAGCCGCCCGCGACGACGCGUCUAUCAACGCGCCGCUUCCCCCCGCGCAAACACAACCUCGCACCGCAGUCUCCGUCUCUCCUCCCACCCACGCAUCCCCCCUUCCCGUCCCACCACCAGCCUUCCCCCCCCCCCGGUCGGCAUCCCGCCAACCACCCCCACCCGCCUUCGCGAGCCUCCCCUCCCAGCAACGAUCCACCACGAGCGACGACACAGACACGGGCAUGUCCUCAGACGACGCGCCCGACACGCCGCCCUUCGUGCCGCUCACGGAGGCACCCCGGCCCGUCUCGGGUCCCCCGAUCACGCACAAGCACCACGGGUGCUACAGCCAGCACGCGACGUUUGUGUGGAGCCGCAACGACUUCCAGCCGAUGGCGUGCAUGAUCUGCGCGAAGAACGACACGGAGCGGCGCUGGGCGUGCGUGUGGUGCUACCUCCGCAUCUGCGUCGAGUGCAGCGUGGAGCUGCAGAAGACGCCGGGGCGCCGGCUGCAGAGCGUGCUGGAGCGGCGCGCGGCUGAGGCGACGUACGCGGGCGAGGCGUACGAAGAUGACGAUGAGCCGGCGCUGCAUCCUGGGUUUGGGGUCCAGGGCGCGCCGGCCCAGGUGAAUGGCGUCGUGGGCGGCAAUGCUAUCAAUGGUGAGCGGGUGGACUUUAGCUGAGGGGCGAGGUGAAGCUGUGCUUCUGCUUGAACGCUCGCGCGACGCAUAGAUUUCUUAGAUUGGUUGGGUUGGGCUUGGUAAUGACC